UAUACGGUAGAGUGGAUCUUGUUUAUAUGGAAAUUGCGAGUUCUAUGAGCGCUACCCCAGAUUUGACAGGUUGCCCACCAGAGCGCUCUGAACUCUGAAGAGUGGAACUGGGACAACGAGUUUGAAAUCCCGUCAAAUCCAUUGAAAUUAAUUCAAGCUUGUUGGACUUGCAAUGGUAUGAUUAGCACCUAUAAAUUCUUUGAGUAGUGCAUCGUUGCGCAUGGUGGAUAUUGUGGAAGUAACCACGAUGGAUUUGUGAUGAUCGAUAAUAGUUUGAAUUUCGUAAAUAGAAUGUAAAGUGUAUAUUAUGCGUGUUGUGAUAAUGAACGAUUGUCUUCAGCGUAUCAUAGUACCGCACGUGUUUUAGUAUUUUCACUAAAUUGUGCAAGUUACCAUCAAAAUAAAUGAUUAAACACACUGCUGUUUUUUUUUUCAAUUCUGUGAUGUGGACGUUCGUUUUGGGGGUAAAUUAGUGUGUUUGCAAGGUUAGCGUGUAAUAAACAUCUUAAAGCUUCGAGAGCUAACUCGUAAGUUUGUUGUUGUACAUUGUAAUAAAACGUAAAAUACAUCGCAAUGAGUGACACCUCGGAAAUGGAUGAAGAUCAAGAAAAGUCAUCAGGAGAAACUUCAAAUGUUUCCAGUGGAUAUUUGAAAAAGCCUAUUUGCCUGAUAAUAUUGGGAAUGGCAGGGUCAGGAAAGACUACUUUUGUACGAAGACUAACAUCUACCAUGUAUGAUAAACGGAAAAUGCCUUAUGUGAUUAACUUAGAUCCAGCCUGUCAUGAUGUACCCUAUCCUGCAACAAUAGACAUCCGAGAUACAGUAAAUUACAAGGAAGUAAUGAAACAGUAUGGAUUAGGGCCAAAUGGUGCUAUUGUGACCUCGCUGAAUUUGUUCUCUACAAAGUUUGAACAAGUAGUUCAGUUACUGGGACGUGCUUCAGAACGUUUUGAAUAUUCAAUCCUGGAUACUCCUGGACAAAUCGAAGUAUUUACAUGGUCAGCAUCAGGCAGUGUAAUAACUGAAGCAUUAGCAUCAACAUUUCCUACAGUUGUAGUUUAUGUUAUGGAUGCUGUUCGUAGUGUUAAUCCAACAACUUUUAUGUCUAACAUGUUAUAUGCCUGUUCUAUUUUGUAUCGUUCCAAAUUACCAUUCAUUGUAGCAAUAAAUAAGGUAGAUGUGGUGGAACACAAGUAUGCCCUGAAUUGGAUGAAAGAUUUUGAGGCCUUCCAAGAAGCGCUGGAAGCUGAAACAUCAUAUAUUUCCAAUUUGACAAGAUCAAUGUCCUUGGUGUUAGAUGAGUUCUAUAGCACAUUACGAUGUGUUGGAGUCUCUGCUGUCACCGGAACAGGCAUUGAUGAAUUUUUAACUCUUGUAGAGCAAGCAGCAAAUGAGUAUGAGAGUGAAUAUAGAGUACAAUGGGAACAUGUUCGAAAAGAACGUAAAGCUGCAGAACAACUCCAAAAGGAGAAAAAAUUAGCAGAGAUAGCCAAGAGUAAAGAACAAGGUGAAGGGGCUCCAGUACCCUUGAUUCAUGAGGUGAAUGCUGCACAAGAAUUUCUUGAUGUUUACCUGAAGCACCCAGCAAAUGAGAGUAGUGAAGAUGAAGAGGGAGAGGAAUUACCCUCACCUGCCCAACAGGAAGAAUUAGAAGAGACUAAGGAAAAGGAAUCCUUUAUGAAUUAUCUUCUGCAGCAAAAACAAAUUCAACAAAAGAAGAUCGAGGGAUCUGUCCAGAGGGCCACUACUAGUCAUCAGUGACACUCGUGCAAAUGAACACAUUUUAUAAAUAUUUUAAUUGUUUAAAACAGUAAAAUAGUUUGUAAUAUGAUUUUUGUAACUUAUUUCUAAUAUCCCAAAAGUUUAUCCUACUUCACAUAUUUUGUGCUAAUUAUAAUACUUUAUGUAUUUCUUAAGUAACUUUUCAUUUCUUAACUAACUUAACAUUUCCAUAAAAAUACAUUUUUCCAUGACAUCAGUUCUUAUAAUUAUGUAGUUUGGUUUGAAACUUUAUUUCCAGCCACAUUUAAAAAGUCUUUCCUGAACUCAACAAACUAUUUGAAUAACGUGUAGUGAAAAGGGGUAAGUUUUUCAUUUCCAGUAAUGUUAAUAAUUUAAAAAAGUUACAGGCCUGAUUUUAGAAUAAAAUUUAUUAAAACAAGAA